UGCUGUACACCACUAUUAUAAUACGGUUUUCGACUCUAGAAGAUCAUUUUAAGACUUUUAAGCUGGUGACUGGAUUUUACUCAAAAUAUGGGCCAAUUACCCGAUGUCUUUUCGGGCAAAGUCAUCCUUCUAGUUAUUUGCUGCCUUAAAGUAUCAUAUGCUCUGCAGUGUGUGGACCCCGUGAAGCCCUGUGUGAACAACGCUGCUUGUGUCAAUUUCCAGAAUGGAACGGGCUACUGCAGGUGUGCUCCUGGUUCCUCAGGCAAGUACUGUCAGCACAAGGACCUGUGUUAUGUGGGAUAUUGUCUGAAUGGAGGAGAAUGCACUGUGAGUGUGGACGGUGUACCUGGAAGCCCCAGAUGUGUGUGUCCUCUGGGUUUCACAGGCCAGCGCUGUGAGACGGAUUAUGUGCCCUGCUUUCCAUCCCCCUGCCUCAAUGGUGGAACCUGCCGGCAGAUUACAGACACAACUUAUAUAUGCCACUGCCUGCCAGGUUUUGGAGGAGCAAAGAUUGAGGUGAACAUUGAUGAUUGUCCGAAUCACCGCUGUCAGAAUGGAGCCACAUGCAUGGAUGGAGUGAACACUUACAGCUGCCAGUGUCCACCUGAAUGGACCGGUCAGUUUUGCACCGAUGAUGUGGAUGAAUGCAGACUGCAGCCCAACGCCUGUCAGAACGGAGGCACGUGCAGUAACACACGCAACGGCUACAACUGUGUAUGUGUGAACGGCUGGAGCGGCCCUGACUGCUCUGAAAACAUUGAUGACUGCGCAGCUGAGCCCUGCACGGCCGGCUCCACUUGCAUCGACCGCGUGGCUUCCUUCGUUUGCAGCUGCCCUCCCGGCAAGACUGGUUUGCUGUGUCACAUUGAUGAUGCCUGCAUCAGUAACCCUUGCAAGAUGGGAGCUCAAUGUGACACGAACCCCAUCAAUGGCAAGUUCAACUGUAACUGCCCCUCAGGGUACAAGGGCAGAACGUGUGCAGAGGAUAUCGACGAAUGUGUCAUCGGACCAAACCCAUGUGAGCACGGUGGCUCAUGUAAGAACACAGUGGGCUCGUUUACCUGUAGCUGUGCACCGGGUUACACCGGUCCACACUGUGAGACAUCAAUAAAUGUGAUUCCACCCCUGCCAGAAUGACAUCAACCUGCUUGGACCAGAUAGGAGAUUUCACCUGCUCCUGUAUGCCAGUAAACUGGUCCUCAUUUGUUUGACUUUAUAAUAGCAUUUAGCAUGCUCAAAAAUAGUUUCCACAUUUAAAUUCUCACUUGUCCUUAAAAUCAACUUUUAAAUUAUUUGUGUACUAAAAGUGUAAGCACCCCCACACCCACACAUUAAAUUUGAUAUACAUUUACAAUAAUUAGUCUUCAAAUAAAUGUAUAUUAAAAUGUGCUGAGUAGCAGAAGUUCUCACAAUUUAUAUCCAUUACUGUGGGUUUCUAACUUUGAAUCUUAUAUUCACAGUUUUACAGUCUUGGUGUAAAGAUAAGGCUGCUACCACUCCUCCAAGAGAUACUUAAAGGAUCUGAGGAUUCUCAAAUGCAAACUGUGUGUGUUUUGCUUCAAAAGAGCAACAAAACAUUUGUAUUGUGUUUUAUAUUCUUUCUUUUAUAUUCAUUCAUUAAUUUAUCAUUUAGGCCUAAUCAUUUUAUUAUUCUAUUUAAUCAUAUAAUCCUUCAUAAUAAUCAUUAUAGCCAUUUGUAUACUCAUUUCAAUGAUUUAUUCAUUGAUUAGUCAUUUAUAUUAUAUCAUUAUAGUUUAUAUUAUUUUUGUUGUUUAAUCUUAAGAUGUGUGGUUUCAAGGGAUGUUUGUCUUCAUGAAUAUGUAGGCCUAAUAGGAGAAAAUGUGGUAUAAUCAGGGGCGGAUCUAGAAAAUAAUAUUUAGGGUGGCGAAGGGGUGGCAUGGGGUCUAUGAGGGGUGGCAACACCAAAGCAAGCAUGCAUAGAUUUUGGGGAUUUAUUGUCUGACAUGCACAGUUAUGUUCACAAAUAUUGCAUUACCAUUAAGUAAUCAUCUAUACUGUUUAAAAUGAAAAAUAAAUAACAACAUUUCAAUAUCCAUCAUGGCACCAAGUCAAUACACAAUAUUAAAAACUUCAAGAGGUUAUAAAUGUUUCUGAGCUUGUAUCAUUAAAGAAGACAUUCUGUUAUUACCAGAGGUGGGAAUGUCUGUAAUCACCCAGAACACUAUCAAUAGUCUAGCAACACCCCAGCAACUGCAUAGCAAAAGCCUAGCAACCAUCCAGAAUAUCCUAGCAACCAACUAGCAACACUUUAGCAAACAUCUAGAACAUCUAACUGACCAAACUAUUUAUGUUUCUUAAACAAGACUUUAAGACAAGCCAGCAUAAAAUUGUCUUUCAAACUUUUCUAUCUAGUUAUUACAGGUAUUCUUAAAUGCUUACAAUUCAAAUACACAGAUGACUUUCCUGCCCGGUGAACACUCAUGAGAUCAAUAACAAUUAACAAAAAGCUCUUAUUAGGAUUCAGGAAUUAUCUUUGCAGCUUAAUCAUGUCUAGUAUAGUAUACAACAUAAAUUAAAUUACAGAUAAUAAUAAUAAUUCAGCAAUGAACUUUUGGGAACAGAUCAUUUUCAUUUUACUACUGGAAAGUAAUCUUGCAGUAGAUGAAAAACACUAGAAAAGUUCAAAUACCAAAGAAUUGUAUAUGAACAUGGUAUGCACCACAAUACAAUACAGUACAAAAUAAAAUAAAAAAAAGUAAAUUCAGCAUCCUCUGCGCAUUUGGUCAAAUUUAAUUACAGUGUACAGUACUAUAGCGGUUUCCUGGUCUCCUGACACAAGACUAUAUCUGUAGGCAAACAUGCAGUACACAUAAAAGAUGGUUACAGAUAAAAUUCGACAGUCACACGUUUGAAGGUGUACAACAUGUUCUACAGUUUACUGUACAUAUAGAAUAGUGAAAUUUCCAUCAUGUACUGGUACUGUACUGUAAUUAUACUGAAUGUGUAAGUAUAAAACCCAUGUAUAUUAUUCGUUCAGCUCUCUCCUCUCUCAGUUGUUAGUUUGUCUCAGUUUUGAUGUUAAACUUUUUGAGAAAUGUGUCUUUGUUUUGAGAACUGAAUUAAUGGUUUGGGAAAAUGGGCCAACUAAAAUCACUUAUAUUAAAUUAACAAUAGAGAAAACUGCAAUACAAGAUUCUUCUUACCUAACUCUGCUAUUAGUUUUCGUGAUCGACUCGUGUUAUUGUUUCGUCCGAUAUGGCAGAAAGGCCUCUAUAUCUGAUGAAAGUGGAGCGUGCGGUCGGAGAAUCGAUCACCAAACAAUUACGGGAUGAAUCUCAGACAUAUCCGGACGGGAUUAGAUUUAUCAGAGGACUUCUGAAUAAACCGAGAAGCAGUAUCUGAUUCACGAACAAAUGUACAAACAAUUCGUUAGUGAAUGGGCUGCGCUUUGUAUUUUUGACUCAAAAAGAACCAGUUCAUAAGAGUCAUUUGAUAAUGAAGCCGACUACACUGGGCGCGCUGCGUGCGCGUGCAACCAUCGCGCGCUGUCAUCGCCGCAACUGAAAAGUAGCACAUGAAACACUGCUUACAUUUAUAUUUUAUUCUGUGAUAAUUCUGGGUGGCAGGUGGGGUGGCACAGCUUUUUCUUAGGGUGGCAGUUGCCACCCCGUGCCACCCCAGUAGAUCCGCCCCAUCAGGGCCGGAUUAUCCAUAGACGGGAUUGGGCGAGUGCCCUGGGGCACCAGCCAAUAGGGGGGCACCAAGUGAUUACAAUAAUGACAAAUCAAGUCAAGUCACCUUUAUUUAUAUAGCGCUUUUACAAUACAGAUUGUGUCAAAGCACUUAACAGUAUCAAAUUGGAGGAUAGAGUGUCAGUAAUGUAUAAUGAUAAGAUUAAACACUCAAUUUUCAGUUAAAGGCAUUUCAUUAUUGAAUUCAGAGAUGUCAUUGUCUAGCUCAGUUUAGUUUAAAUAGUAUCUGUGCGAUCAAAUCGGCGAUAAUCGCUAGAAAUUAAGUGUCCCCAACUGAGCAAGCCAGCAUAAGACAAGACCUUUAAAAUAUUUUUUCAUGUUUUGUAUAUAUUAUUUUGCUGGAAGAGAUACAGAUGGGUAGAAAAUGAACAGUUAAUGAUACAAUAUACGGAGAGAAUAUCAAAUAUAUGCACGCAUAUAAAUAAUUGCGAUUAGGUCAGGUCACAGUGUGCCCCCUCCCCCCAGUCAGAGUCGAGCAUAUUUAUUCUCAAAUGGAUAGGCAGCAUCAAUUUGGCGGUUGUGCGAAACGUAAAUAAAAAAAAAAAAUUAAAAAAAGAGAAAAUAUCACGACACAUUGCCAGGGCUAUACAGUGCGACUGAAAAGUAGCUACUGUGUGCGACGAUCAAAAAAUAUUUAGGAGCACCUGUGCGACUAACCCGAUCAGCAUAGACUAUUUGUGUUUGCGCUGAGAGGAGCUUCAAAGAUUUCUACUUGCGUGUUUGUGCAGCGGUGAGUAAUGUAUCGCAGACAUGAUUCCUUGAAUGCAAUGUUAAUCAGAAUCCACUCACUGCUCAAAAUACUUUUGUUCAUUGCUGAGUUAUGCAAGCUCACAAAUCCUCUCAUUAUAACAAACAAAGUGUAGACGGUGUAAAUAAGACAUGAACUGAAGUGAGUAACAGCUUUUAAAGAUUAUUAAAGGAGUUUGUAAAUGUGAUAUUAAAUUAAUACAACAGCUCAAUAAACAAUAAGUUAUGUAAAGUGAUGUACAUUGUAUGACUUUUAACAAUAUUGCCCGAUUUUGCUCUAUUUGGUCAAGGAACAUAGUUUCUAACAGUCACAGCUGAGCCACUGCUCAUCAUUCAAACACAGCUGGUGUUUCAUUUAUGAAUGAACCUGCGUUUUUAAAUGAGUCUAGUGAGUCAGUGAUUCAAUUACCCACUCAUAAAGACAGUCACUUGCUUCGUUCCUGAAUGAAUCACCUGUUCAAACGAAUCAGUUGAAUGAAUGAUUCAGUGAAAAAAAAAUCAGUGACUUGCCGCCAUCUACUGGCAGUUUUAUUUUUAUGUUUAAAGUGUCCGUUCAGUUAUUUAAAUCAUUUCAAUCAAACAAUAGUUCUAUAUUCAAAAUUGUAUAUUUAAAACAUUAAUCUCACAACAUUGUUAUGAAUUUAAAUCAUCCAUGCCACCUCUGAGCCUCUGUAAAUGUCUGUAAAUUUACGUAGCCUAUAUGCCACUUUUGUGUUCUUCUGUGCCACCUUUGUAGUGGAUUUUGUUAUAUGAUUUCUUUUGAUUAGUAACUUAUUCUUCUUAUUC